AUGGCAUCACGAGCACGCCGUUCCAUUCUUAAAACACCAAGUCUACGACCAAAGCCAUACUGCCAUACAAGUCGGUUCACUACUCCAGAGAGAGUACGACACAUCCACGCCCGCGCAACCGAGUAUGCCCCAAACCACGACGCAGACCUAACGGACUCCCAACGAGCCGUCCGUGCGUCCAUCGCAAAGCUCUGCGCCGCAUAUCCAGAAGAAUACUGGCAAAAGCAAGACGAGAUGAAAACAUUUCCCGCUGAUUUCCACACAACCCUCGCCAAGAAUGGCUGGCUAGGCAUCUGUAUGCCACAAGAAUAUGGCGGCUCAGAGCUCGGCAUCGCCGAAGCAGCCGUCAUGAUGCAGACAAUAUCCGAGUCCGGAGGCGGGAUGACCGCAGCUUCAUCCGUCCACAUGAACAUCUUCGGUCUGGAGCCGGUCGUCAAGUUCGGCACCGACGAGCAGAAGAAGCGCUGGCUUGAACCCUUAAUCGCGGGCCGAGAGAGGGCGUGCUUCGCCGUCACAGAACCAAACACGGGACUCGAUACAUUGAAGCUACAAUCCCAAGCUCGCAAAGAUGGAGAUCACUAUGUUUUAUCAGGGCAGAAGAUAUGGAUCUCGACGGCGCAGAACGCGCACAAGAUUCUCAUCCUUGUUCGGACUACCCCUCUCGAUCAGGUGCUGAAGCCAUCGCAAGGUCUCUCCCUCUUCUAUACCGAUCUCGAUCGAUCCGUGGUGGAGAUCACGGAGAUCCCAAAAAUGGGUCGGGCGGCCGUUGACACCAACACGCUGUUCUUUGACAACUGGCACGUACCAGCUAGCGAUCGGAUCGGAGAGGAGAAUGAGGGGUUCAGGAUGAUCCUACACGGUAUGAACGCGGAGCGCAUCUUGAUCGGCGCAGAGGCACUCGGACUUGGAUAUGCGGCGCUGCGGAGAGCGGCUAUCUACGCGCGGGGAAGAAAGGUCUUUGGACGCGCUAUCGGUCAGAAUCAAGCUAUUCAACACCCGCUUGCGGAUAGCUGGAUGAAGCUGGAAGCUGCUCGGUUAAUGAUUCUCAAUGCUGCCCGCAUGUACGAUGGCGGCUAUGCUGGAGGUGAGUAUGCAAAUGCUGCCAAAUACCUCGCGGCAGAAGCUGCGUUCCGGGCUUGUGAGAGGGCGGUCAUGGUGCAUGGGGGAAUGGGCUAUGCGAAGGAGUAUCAUGUCGAGAGGUACUUGCGGGAGGUGUUUAUUCCUCGGAUUGCGCCGGUCAGUCGGGAGAUGAUCUGCAACCAUAUUGCAGAGAGGGUAUUAGGGUUGCCGAGGUCUUAUUAA